AUGCUUACAGUGGAUCCAGCUCAGCGUAUUACGAUUGAUGAAAUUCUCACAUGUUCAUGGCUUACUGAAUUGACGUCCGGCAGGCCAAUCCAUAUGGUGGCACUUCAAGAUGUAGAAACUCGACAACAACUAGAGGCUGCAGUUGCAUCUGCUACUGAUGAUCAACGUCGAACUGAUGAUGAUUUAGGCAUUGAAAUAUCUGGACCAGAUGCAUCACGUAUUGCUAAGCGAGCAGCCAAACGAAAAAGACAAAUGGCUGUUGCCAAUGAAGGACAUCAUUCAAUCAGAAAUGAAUCAGAACAUGAUCAUGACGAAAGUUAA